AUGGCUUUCCUGUCGACCGCAUCCCACCGCAUACCACGUUCUUCCCGCUUCUACCGUCCCACCACCCUUCCUCAACGCCCCAAUAUCCCCUCCGUCGCAACCCCCAUCGACACUCUCCUGCUGUCCGGCCAUUACCGGCUCGCCGCCAUAGCCGCCGCUCGAAAUCUCGUUACAUCCACGCCGCCAACGGACUAUACUACCUUGUUCCAUUUGUUGCAUAUACGGCUCGCGUGUUUGUGCUUGAUAAACGAGCAUGCGCUCGCAGCACAGGAAGCAAAGGUCUUCGGCGACCUGAACUCGUCAUUCUACUACUCCGACGAUGGGCGCGGUACGCAUCUCGUGCCAUGGGAACUACGUGUACUUGUGGUGCGCCUCGCGGCGCUGGGCUAUGGCGAGUGGAGGAAGGGGGUCAUGGGGUAUUACGAGCUGGCGCGGGAAUGUCGUGAGCACUUCACAAAAACAGAGGACGAGGGGGAGAAAGGCGUGUGGAGUGCCAGGCUGAGAGAUUGUGGGAUCCGCGUUGCGAAUGUGCUAGUUGAGAUGGGGGAUCUGGAGGGCGCGGGGAGGCAUCUAGCCGGGUUGGGUGCCACCGGGGACGAAGGCAGGGAUGUGAAGUUGAUGGAGACGCUGGUUUGGCUGAGGUUGGGAGAUGUGACUGCUGCAAGACGAUGUCUCGCUGAUGUUUCCGAGUCACACGUAGAGGACCUGCUCGACGGCACACUGCAAGCUCUCAUCCACCUCGCGGACUCGGAUUACACUUCCGCUGUCUUAGCGUUCGAGGCGCUGCGCGACAAAUACCCGUCCGAUGCAAUGGUCUCUCAGAAUCUCGCUGUCUGUCUGCUUUAUAUGGGACGCAUUGCCGAAGCGAAGACCCUGCUGCAGGAAUUGGUCGGCGAAAGCCAACCAUUCCACUCGUUGGUGUUCAAUUUGAGCACCAUCUUCGAGCUGUGCACCGAGAGGAAUAGGGACAGUAAGAUGGGCCUAGCGAGCAGAAUAGCAACACGGAAGGCGGAUGGGAGCGUGGGGUGGGAGAUGAGCAAUGUGGACUUUAAGCUGUAG